AUGAGCUUUAAUAGACACGGUGCCUCGGUCGAAGAGAUGGCUAAAGAAGUCAACAAGACCAGAGAACAACUCGAAACUGCGGACAAGGCGCUCAAGCUGGCACAGCUCAACAAGGUGCUCAAAGCUUCUCUGAUCACCCGCCUGGGCAAGUGGCAGGAGUUCCGAAGGCACAUCGCGCUGAGGUGUAAACUUGUGUUUGCGUUCCAUCUUUCGCAGAGAGGGUAUUAUGGAAAGGUGUUGUUUAACCAUGAUGCGCGAACUUUGAUGUUGCGGGUACGUCGCCUCCUCUAUGGGGAAAUCUGGGGUACUGAUGGUGCUGGUGAGCGUAGAUCCGCGCUCGUUGGGGGUGGUGAAAAGUCAUUUUCGACGAUUUGCUUGUUGUCGCUUUGGGAGUCGAUUGGAUGUCCUUUGCGGUGUUUGGAUGAGUUUGACGUGUUCAUGGAUGCUGUUAAUCGUCGUAUUAGUAUGAAGAUGAUGAUCGACACCGCGAACUCUUCCGACAAGAAACAGUACAUCCUCAUCACGCCUCAAGACAUGACCAACAUCCACCUUGGACCUACUGUGCGUGUGUUAAGGAUGUCUGAUCCGGAGCGGGGCAACGGGGUGUUGCCGUUUGGGUCGGCUGCAGCUUCAUUGCGUUGA